CACCCGGCGACGAGCAUCCAAACCCGAGAGUAAAGCCGCACAUUCUCGCUGCUUUAGGCUUUAACACAGCUUAAACAGAAGCCCGGGGCAGCCCAUUGACAGAAACGCCAACGUUUUAGCGACAUAAAAAGCAAACAACACUUUUUUUCCCCCUUUAUUUUGUAGAAUAUUUGUGUAGAACUCGAAAAUUUACCUGUCAGGGAAACUGCUGCAGAAUGGAAACCCAGAUACAUGUCCCUGUUGGGUCACCGGUUAUAAGAAAAAUCCCCGUUUUUGUGGACGAACACAACGUGACAGAGGGGGCGAUGAGGCUCAUGAAGGAGCUGAGACCGUCGUGGGAAAGCAGCAGUGUGAAGACUAAGUUCUUCACUGAUGGAACCACCAACAAGUUGGUGGGCUGCUACGUGGACGACAGUCCCGAGGACGUCGUCCUCGUCCGAGUGUACGGGAACAAGACAGAGCUGAUUGUGGACAGAGAAAAUGAGCUCAAAAGCUUUCAGGUGCUGCACGCCAACGGCUGCGCUCCCCGCCUUUACUGCACCUUCCAAAACGGCCUCUGUUACGAGUUCAUUCAGGGAGACGCUCUCGGACCGCAGGAUGUCAGGGAUCCAACCUUACUCAGAUUGAUAGCUAGGGAAAUGGCUCGCAUUCAUGCCAUCCACGCACAUAACGGCUGCAUCCCCAAACCCAACCUGUGGAUCAAGCUGCAGAAGUACUUCUCCCUUCUGGCCACAGAGUUCACUGAAGAAGCUUCCAACUCCAGGAUCCAGCGGGAGGUUCCCAGCAAGCUGGUGCUGGAGCAGGAGAUGGUGUGGAUGCAGGAGCAUCUGUCCAUGCUGGGCUCCCCGGUGGUGCUCUGCCACAACGACCUGCUCUGUAAAAACAUCAUCUACAACAGCAAAGAGGGUCAUGUGCGCUUUAUAGAUUAUGAAUACUCCAGCUACAACUAUCAAGCAUUUGACAUCGGAAACCACUUUAAUGAAUUUGCAGGCAUGGCUGAGUUGGACUACGGCUUGUACCCGAGUCUGGAGAUGCAAAUGGACUGGCUUAAAGAAUACCUGAUGGCAUACAAACUCUUCACCAAGAAAACGGAGGAGGUCAGCCCGAGAGAGCUGGAGACGCUCUACGUACAAGUCAAUAAGUUUGCUCUGGCUUCUCACUUCUUCUGGGGCUUCUGGGCACUCAUCCAAGCCAAAUACUCCUCCAUCCACUUUGACUUCCUCGGGUACGCCGUGCUGCGUUUCAACCAGUACUUUAAGACCAAACCUGCGGUGAUGGCCAUGCAGAUCCCAGAAUGAGAGGGGGUGGAGGAUCCAGCAGAAUCUAACCAGAAGACUGGAGGGGAAGCUGCAGGAGUUCCUGCAGGACGAGCAGCUGGGCAGGUGUGGAGCGGUCCUGGCUCGGUCCUGGCUCGGUCCUGGCUCCGUCUACCAAGCAUUCUUCUUCUGCAACAAGCGCAAUUACUUUGAUUCAUUUCAACUCGCCUCCAUGUCUGUCACGACUCCAGCUACAGAAUAACACGACUACCGUUAGCCUGCACGUUCACUAGCAUCGCAGUCUGUCUUUAAUUUAUGUUGAUGAACUUUUUCCAGAAUGAGCAUCACGGCAUCGUCAGAGCUAGAAACUGAUUCCAGGAGGCUUUUUUUUGGUUUUCUUUCCAGUCUGUUUGAGGUGUGUGCACUGAAACAUCGUUUUACCUUUGGUAGCUUUGAGCCGCGGGAGCUCCCGCUGGUUUUCUCCUCUCCACCUUUUGUCCCAAGCACCAGUAGCUGCUGUGUUUCUGCACCGAGCCAGACGUAACUAGUGCAUCAAACACUACGAGCAUCUGUUUCAGUGUUUCUGUCAGCGGCUCAACUGUUCUUAUCUUUGCUGCUGCUACAAGAAAUGCAGAAGCUACUUCUCUUUAUGCCCGUGGGUGAAUCAAUGUUGUUAAGAUAAGAGUUGGAAAGAGAGAAAGAGAGGCAGGCAGGCUUAAUGUGCGUUCAUGUAUUUAUUUAUGUAACGAUAUUACGGCUAUUUGACAUCUCAGGUUUACAGCUCCUCAGAGUGGGAUUGUUUGGUGAAUGAGGCUUUGUGUUCAGUUUCUAUAUCCAGCUGAUAAAUAACGGCUAAAAAGAGGACGCCAGGAUAAAUGUGAGCCUCGGCUGUUUGCACAUGUCAGUAUGAAACAAUUUUACACCUUCGUUACUUUUAUGGUUAUGGCACAUCGCUCUUGACUUUCCAUUUAAUACGGUGGCCGAGACUUUGCUGAAAAUUAAAGAAACGCUGCAAACAGAAACAAACGCUGCUGCAAAUAAAAGAAACGCUGAAAAUAUAAAGAAACCCCACUGCAAAUAACAUUUAAAAAACCACGCAAAUAAAAAAGCCACAACGGAAGUGAAUUACCGGGGACUACUUUUGCCGAUGCACCGGUGUUGCACAUUAAAAAUGACACGUAGUGACGUUGAACACUAACCUUUUCACUUAUUUUCUCGUUCGUUGUUCUUCUUAUUCGUCGCUCUUCUUAUUUCUUCCUUUUCACUUACGUCCUCUUCGUCUUCUUCUUCUCCUCUCACGUAAAAAACACCGGUGCAUCAGCAAAAAUAGUCCCCGGUAAUUCACUUCCGUUGUGGCUUUUUUAUUUGCGUAGUUUUUUUUUUUAUUUGCAGCAGCGUUUCUUUUAUUUGCAGCGUUUCUUUAAUUUUCAGCAAUGGCAGGUCUCGGCCACCGUAAUUGAAACUUUCCAGACAUCUUGGAACAUCAACCUCUGCCCUCCUUCCCCUUUUGUCGGCCUGUCUCUUUUUUUAUUUGUGCUUCUGCUCUCCUCCCAGCAGCCCGUACGUUUCUCCGUACGUCUUCAUCUGUUCCACAGGCCACUAACGCCACUCUGCUCUCUGCCCACAAGCUCCUUUAUUAUUGCUUUGGAAGAGAAAUGCACUCUACACAAAGUCUCUGCAGGAAGCACAAACCUCACCAAAUGUUUCCAGGAUUCCUAGGAAUCCAACUCUUCCAAGGUCAAGGUCAGAGAGCAGCGGUUGAACUUGUUCACUUUAACGUGUGAAACUAUGGUUGUCUGUAUUUCUGUUCAAGUCAACGUCUACCUGAACGUGACUCCCAGGAAACCUCCGUGUAGGUUUAAGUUGGAUUAAAAAACUGUAGAUAUAAAAAUACAACGCAACGGCAGAAAGAGGUCAAUUCAAUUCAGUUUUAUUUCUAUAGCGUCUAUUACAACAGAAGUGUCUCCAGGAUCUUUCCAGAGACCCAGAACAUAAACCCCCGAGCAAUUAUUACAUAAACAUAACGUAAACUUAACAGGUUAGCAGCUCAGUUGUCUUUAAAAGCUGCUCCUGAUGAACCUCAGCACCAACUACCAUUGACUUGAAUCCCCCGAGCCCCCCGUCAUCCUAGCUGGGACUGAAGUAGAAACUAAGUGAAGGAAUGAUCACAGGUCCUGCUAACUGUCCAGUGUAGAAGCACCAGCUUUUCUGCAGCUUGUUGAUGUACAAAGACCUUCUUCAGCAGUUUCAUCCCACAUGUGUCUGCUUUUAAAUGCCACAUGCAAUUUCAGAAAAGGUCUGCUGUCUAGCUGAGUGAUGGAUCUUGUGUUUGAGCCUCCUGGUCCUCAGAAUGUGUUUCCCUGGUCUCCGGUACCGGAGGAGGGAGCCAGUGAGCACGGACCUCUGCCCUGCAGAGCAGGACUGGGCCGGACCAUCCCGGAGCUGAUGUUCACUUUCAUUUGAGCUAGUUCACUUCCAAACUGGGUGAAACGUGUGAAGACGAGCCCUCUCAGCGUGAAGCAGAACUCAUCUGAUGAUGAUGAUGAUGAUGAUGAUGAUGUGGAGCAGUUUCAGUUUUAUGAAGAAGUCCCAGUACACGACGGAUGGAUGGAUGGAUGGAUGGGCGGUGAAAGAUUCUGCUUAGUGAAUUUGUCAUGCAAAGGCCACAUGAGUGCCGUUGCUGCUUGAAUGCACAUCCCUGAGCCCUGCGAGGAGUUCUCUCUGGACUAAAGGGCAUUUGCACUCCAUUUCCUGUGUCCGUUGAGCAGCAGACACCAAGCCUGACUGGACCAGGAGAGGGGGCUCACUUGUAUUUAUUUUCCUCUGAAAAGAGAAGAAGUCAAUAAUAAAAACCUGCGGUGUAAUAAAAAGUGUAAGAGUGAGUUUAGAAUGCAUUCCAAAGACCUGAAGCCCUGUACCGAACCAAACAUCAGCCACUGUGAUCUCGCUCUGAAAGUUUGAUGCCAAAAUCCUCUUUACAUAGGAUUAUUGCGUUUUUCUGAAGCUAAAUACGAAACACAUUGGUUUGGUGGUCACACUGACCUCAUGUACGCAGCUACGAUGAUGCUUUCUUCCAUUUCCAGACUGGUCACCGGUCCUGUGCAGGACUGGUGACCAGUUACAGCUGCACAACUUGAAUGUGUCCACUCCCUGAAGACUUUCUGCUACGACUGAUGCAGAGCCUGGUGUAUUCCUGGCUGGUACCGGAGGCCCUGCUGUGUGGACUAGACACAGCGGUGAAUGCUCAGAAUCAGUGUCAGCGCUGCAGCUCAGUAACGCACAUGCAGCGCUGCCGGUCUGAAUCUACAUGACGGUUUCACCAGUCUGCUGGUUUCUGCUGAUCAGCAGUUUCAGAUCCAGACGUCUUCAGUGACUGAGGUGACCGUGAACCAACCACAUUAAUGACGCUUCAGUAAAGCUCCCUGUAGCUCCCUAUAAUGUCAUAAUUUACUAUAAUGUCAUAAUUUCCUAUAAUGUAAUAAUUUCCUAUAAUGUAAUAAUUUCCUAUAAUGUAAAAUUUACUAUAAUGUAAUAAUUUCCUGGAAAUGUAAUGUAAUAACUUCACCAAUAAUCUAAUUAAAUAUCCUGACUGAUAUUGUAAUAACAUUUUCACCGAUAAUGUAAUACCUUAUUACAUUAUUGGGUGUUUAUUACAUUUUCAGGUGGGUCUUCUUUUUUUUUUCCAAAACUGAUAAUGUAAUACUUGACAAAUAAUGUAAUAUAUAUGUUCAUUUUCAGUCCAGAGUUCCACAUUUUUUGUUUUAAGUAUCUAAGAAUGUUAUAUACGCUGGAUUUGAAACACCAGAAUGACUAUUGGGUUAAAUUGCAUUAUUGGUAAAACUGUUAUGACAAUAUCAGUCAGGAUAUUUUAUUACAUUAUUGGUGAAGUUAUUACAUUAUUGGGUUUUAUUACAUUUUCGAUUGAGUUAAGUGCAAAUUUUAUUACAUUAUCAGGCGUUAUUACAUUUUCAGGAAAUGAUUACAUUAUAGGGAAUUAUUACAUUAUAGGGUGAAAUGAUUACAUUAUAGGGAAUUAUUACAUUAUAGGGUGACAUGAUUACAUUAUAGGGUGAAAUGAUUACAUUAUAGGGUGAAAUGAUUACAUUAUAGGUGCUACACUCCUGAAAACCUUCCCCUCAGAAGACCAAUAGAAAUAUUUCUUCACUUUUGUGGAUACUGCUCAUUUGCUGCUCUGCUAGGUGUCAGAUCUCAUUGUCAUGUUUAAAGCAGUUUAUUUUUUUAUUGUUUAAAUCUAACAUUGCAUUUCAUACUGUUAAUUUUGUUUGUUUUGUUUUGUAACUCCACCAGAAUCACCAGCUUCUGUUUGCUUUGCAGUUCAUUUGGGAUCUAUUUUUAUGUGUGAAUGUACUAAUUUAAUAAUUAUUUAUUUUAAAGAAACCCUGUUCAGAAAACGGAGUAUUUUUCUUUGUAUGCUGAUAUUUACUUUUUCUAAAAGCUUUGACUUGAACUGUCCGGCACUGUGUUGAGGGACCCAGCUAGACGUGACGUUGUAAAUGUGCUCAAUAAUGUAAAUACUGUAAGUACAGUGAUCCAUCACACACUCUGUAAGUGUCAUGAAUUAUUUAAUAUUUGCCAGUAAAUAUUUCCAUUAAAGAGU